AUGAAUAACUUUCCAAUGGCAACUAUGAGAGCAGUGCAGUUUGAUAAAUGCGGCGGGCCGGAGGAGCUGUAUAUCGGGGAGAUUCCGAGGCCAGAACUGGGUGCCGGGGAGAUUCUGGUGAAGGUAUUUGCGUGUAGCGUGAACAGGUACGAUACUCAACAGGUGGACGGAUCUAGGAAGACCCAUGGAUGUAAACCUAUCAUUGGCUUGGAUGCAGCAGGAGAAGUAGUCAAAGUCGGGAAGGAAUGCUCCAAGUGGAAACCAGGCGAUCGCGUGGCUGUUCUUUUGAAAGCAGGAGGAUGUGCAGAAUACGUCACUGUUAUUGAAGAUCACGUGAUACCCAUACCAAGUCACAUGACCAUGGAAGAGGCUGCUUCUAUACCAGAAUCUUGGAUCGCUGCUUACCAGUUGCUUCAUUUUGUGGGUCAUGUGAAGGAGGGGAACAAGGUUCUCGUGCAUGCAGCCGGCAGUGGAUUAGGCACUGCUGCUGUUCAACUCGUUCGGCUGGCAGGGGCUGAAGCCAUAAUAACGGCUGGAACAGAGGCUAAAGUUGCCGUGGCCCUUAAUCUUGGUGCAGUGGCUGGCUUCAACUACAAGAAGGUUGAUUUUGCGGAGAAAGUCUUGGAAUACACAGAGAACGUGGGCGUUGACGUGAUCCUGGAUUUCGUAGGAGGUUCCUUCUGGAAUAAAAACGUGCGUGUCAUCAAAGUCGACGGGACAUGGGUUGUCUGUGGCGUGCUCGGGGAUGAGAAGGUAGAGGGCACUGUUGUUUCGAAUAUACUCUGGAAGAGGAUUCAUGUCGUGGGAUCCACGCUUCUGUCGAGGAGUAAUGAUUAUAAAAGCAAACUGAUAGGAGCAUUCAACGAGAAUGUUAUGCCACAUUUUGGAGUCGAGUUGAAACCGGUUAUAUUCAAAGUGUUCCCGUGGGAAAACGUUGGUGACGCACAUAGGAUGAUAAGAGCAAAUCAAAACAUUGGCAAGAUUGUACUGCGUCUUUGA